AUGCCGAUAGAGAUGCCGCGGGGGCUCCCCUUCGCCGUGGACACGUGGGGCCCCUCCUCCCGCCGCCGGCGCCACCGCUUCCUCACCCACGCGCACCGGGACCACCUCGUCGGCGCCGCCGGGGCCGGCCCCGGAGGAGGAGGGGGCGCCCUCUACGCCACCCGCCUCACCUUGUCCCUCGCCCUCCGCCACUUCCCCCAGCUGGACCAGGGGGAGUUUGUGGAGGUCGAGGUGGGGAGGACGUUCAAGGUGGACGACCCCGCCGGCGCCUUCUCCGUCACCGUGUACGAUGCCAACCACUGCCCUGGGGCAGUUAUGUUCUUGUUUGAGGGUGAAUUCGGUAGCAUACUGCACACGGGUGACUGCCGACUGACACCAGAUUGUGCUCAGAACUUGCCACUGAAAUACAUAGCAAAGAAAGGGAAAGACAAUGUUUGUCGUUUAGACUUCGUGUUCCUGGACUGCACAUUUUCCAAAUGCUUCCUCAAACUACCAAGCAAGGAGUUGGCAAUCCAGCAGGUUAUAGCUUGUAUAUGGAAGCAUCCGGAUGCACCUUUUGUAUAUCUUGCUUGUGACCUUCUUGGUCACGAAGAGAUCCUAGUUGAGGUGUCCAGGACGUUUGGAUCGAAAAUUUAUGUUGACACGAGAAGGAAUUCAGAUUGUUUUAAAGCGCUGUCACUCACAGCCCCUGAGAUCAUCACUGAUGAUCCAUCUUGUCGCUUUCAGAUAGUUGGAUUCCACCAUUUGUAUGAUAAUGCAAGUAAAAAGCUUGAAGGGGCAAGGGCUAGUCUUCAGCCGGAGCCUUUAUUCAUCCGCCCCUCAACGCAGUGGUAUGCCUGUGGUCGGAACCAGAAACCCAGCCUAACAGAAGCUCAGCAGGAUGAUUUUGGGAUCUGGCAUGUCUGUUUCUCCAUUCACUCUUCUCGGGACGAGUUGGAGCAGGCGAUGCAACUUCUUCAACCUCAAUGGGUCAUCUCAACAACUCCCCCAUGCUUUGCCAUGGAGCUGAGCUAUGUGAAGAAACAUUGUUUCAAGACUCGCUUGACAACUAAUGAUCCAUUGUGGAAGAUAUUCAGGGAUCCUCUUCAAAAGUCAGUAACCUCGCCCUCAUCGCUGCUUGCUUCUUGCACGCAGCCAGAUGAAGUUCUCUCAACUUUUGUUGAUGAUGAUCAUCCAACUUCUGCCAGUGAAGAAUGCACAGAUUUUGAUGUCAGCACACUUGAACUGCAAUUUGUGCCAUCCCCUCCAGUUGAAGAACCAGAUAUUACAUUGUUUGGAAGAGCAAGAUUUGGUUCUCAAGCGAUUGACAUAAUGAAAGAAGAGUUGUGCCACCAGUACAUUGCUGCAGCUGAACAAACCAGAUUUUGUGCACCGGAAGAUUUGCUUCAUGAUAGCAGCCAAAAUGUUGAAACAUAUUCUGGUAUGGAUUUGAUCACAAAGCAAGCCCCAGCUUCCCAACAAGAUUGUGGGGAAGCUGGAGAUGUGGCCCCCUCCUGUCAGUGUGCCGAAGCUGGAGAUGUGGCCCCUUCCUCUCAGUGUAAAGCACCACCCCCAACCAUACCAGAAGCAUUUGCAGUUCAACCUUUGCCUACUGUUGAACACAAUAUAUCAGUAGUGUCUGAUCAACCAGAAAAGUCUGACAUUAUAAUAGAGCCAAUAUCAAUAAGCACUACGGAAAGUUCAAGCCUUCGCAUGGUCAGAAAUGCAGAAGUAACAGAAUGUCAAACGGACCACCUGUGUGUCAUUGGAUCAUCGAAAUCUUUGCAUGCAAGUCUGAAGAGGCUGUACAGAUCGAGGAAUGUCCCUGUCCCGCAUCCUCUCCCGUCUCUUGUUGGACUUUUGGAAUCCACUAAACGGGUCAAAAGGCGACCUGGCUCUGAUUAUAGCUUGUUGAAUUCACGGCACAGCCUACCUUGA